CGUCAUAUGACUUCCUCCCAUUCUAACCGCAUAUGUGCGACUCCUGGAGCGCGCAGCGCGGCGAUCGGUGUUGCGCUGUGUCCCUCCGACACAGCGGAUCACCGAUCAACAGAAAGAGCCGAAGAUUUCAGCUCAGUCAUGUGAUCAGCUGUGUCCAAUCACAGCUGAUCGCAUCAUUUCUCGGAGGGGACAUCUACACUGAUCAUCAGGGCACUGACGAUCAGUGUAGCCCCAGCAGUGUUACUUGUCAGUGCCCAUCAAUGCCAGCUGUCGGUGCUCAUCAGUGCCACGUGCCAGUGCCCAUCAGUGCCACAUAUCAGUGCCUACCAGUGCAUAUCAAUGCCACAUAUCAG